CUGAGUGGGGAACAAGGCCGGUUUGGGGAGCUCCGGGGCCGGAGCGGAGGGGAAGGCUGGAGUAAAGGCGAGAGCUGAGCUUCAGCACCGUGGCUGGAGGCCGGACUGUGGCCGAGGCUGGGCAACGACGGGCAGAGAACCUGUACCCGCAGCAAGCCGGCUCCCGGAUUCCCCGGUUGCCCCUGGUCUGACUCGCGGGGAAGGGAGCCGGGCGCGGCUGUUCUUGAAGAGGUUUCCUUGGAAACAUUUCAAGUUCCCUUGCCCCUCUCUUGUCCCAUGUCCCUCAGCUUAUUUCGGAGGUGCACAGUCCCGUUCCUCCUCCCUCUCCGAUGGAUCAGCUCCUAGUCUGUGUGUCAGAGGUGCAUCCGUAGACUGGAAAAGAAAGUUCCUGAGCUACAGAAAACGACACGAAUAACUCAUGAAAUGGCCACAGAUGAUAAGGCUUCCCCAACAUUGGACUCCGCUAACGAUUUGCCUCGGUCUCCAACUAGUCCUUCUCAUCUCACACAUUUUAAACCAUUGACUCCUGAUCAGGACGAACCUCCUUUUAAAUCAGCGUAUAGUUCUUUUGUAAAUCUCUUUCGAUUUAACAAAGAGCGAGCCGAAGGGGGCCAGGGAGAGCAGCCCCCUCUAAGUGGCAGCUGGACCAGCCCUCAGCUGCCUUCCAGAACGCAGUCUGUGAGGUCGCCUGCACCUUACAAAAAACAGCUUAAUGAGGAACUCCAACGGCGAUCUUCGGCAGUAUUAGAAGAGAACAGUUUGCAACACCCCCAGGAGAACACAGACACAAGAAGGAAAGCAGAACCUGCCUUUGGAGGUCAUGACCCUCGUACAGCUGUUCAGCUUCGAAGCCUCAGCACAGUAUUAAAACGCCUCAAGGAAAUCAUGGAGGGGAAAAGCCAGGAUAGCGACCUGAAGCAAUACUGGAUGCCAGACAGCCAGUGUAAAGAGUGCUAUGACUGCAGUGAGAAGUUUACGACCUUUAGGCGCAGACACCAUUGCCGCCUGUGCGGGCAGAUUUUUUGCAGUCGUUGCUGUAAUCAAGAAAUCCCUGGAAAAUUUAUGGGCUAUACGGGGGACCUCCGUGCUUGCACAUACUGUAGAAAAAUAGCCUUAAGUUAUGCUCAUUCCACAGACAGUAAUUCCAUUGGGGAAGACUUGAAUGCUCUUUCAGAUUCAGCUUCCUCUGUGUCUGUGCUGGAUCCAAGCGAACCUCGAACGCCUGUUGGAAGUAGAAAAGCCAGCCGCAACAUAUUUUUAGAGGAUGAUUUUGCCUGGCAAAGUUUGAUUCAUCCAGACUCCUCAAAUUCUCCUCUUUCAUCAAGGCUUGUAUCUGUUCAAGAAGAUGCUGGAAAAUCUCCUGCUCGAAAUAGAUCAGCCAGCAUUACUAACCUGUCGCUGGAUCGAUCCGGUUCUCCCAUGGUGUCUUCAUAUGAGACGUCCGUCAGCCCCCAGGCUAACCGAGCGUACGUUAGGACGGAGACGGCUGAGGACGAGCGCAAAAUUCUCCUGGACAGUGUUCAGUUAAAGGACCUGUGGAAGAAAAUCUGCCAUCACAGUAGUGGGAUGGAGUUUCAGGAUCACCGUUACUGGCUGAGAACACAUCCCAACUGCAUCGUGGGGAAAGAAUUAGUCAACUGGUUAAUCCGAAAUGGGCACAUUGCUACGAGGGCACAGGCUAUCGCAAUCGGACAGGCCAUGGUGGACGGACGGUGGCUGGACUGUGUCAGUCAUCACGACCAGCUCUUCAGGGACGAAUACGCGCUGUACAGACCGUUGCAGAGCACAGAAUUUUCCGAGACUCCUUCUCCAGACAGCGACUCCGUGAACUCUGUGGAAGGACACUCCGAGCCAUCGUGGUUUAAAGACAUAAAGUUUGACGACAGCGACACGGAACAGAUAGCUGAAGAAGGUGACGAUAAUUUGACUAACUCUGCCAGUCCUAGCAAGCGCACAUCAGUCAGCAGUUUCCAGUCCACAGUGGACAGUGACUCAGCCGCUUCUAUCAGCCUGAACGUGGAGCUGGACAACGUGAACUUCCAUAUCAAGAAGCCCUCCAAGUACCCACAUGUGCCCCCUCACCCUGCUGACCAAAAAGAGUAUUUGAUAUCUGACAAUGGAGGACAACAACUCUCAAUAAGUGACGCCUUCAUCAAAGAAUCCUUAUUUAAUCGUCGAGUUGAGGAAAAAUCCAAAGAGCUGCCGUUCACACCUUUGGGUUGGCAUCAUAACAACCUGGAGCUGCUGAGGGAGGAGAAUGGAGAGAAACAAGCCAUGGAGAGGUUGCUUUCAGCUAAUCAUAACCACAUGAUGGCACUACUCCAACAGUUGCUCCAUAAUGAGUCCUUGUCACCAUCUUGGAGGGACAUCAUCGUAUCACUGGUCUGCCAGGUUGUUCAGACAGUCCGACCUGAUGUCAAGAACCGGGAUGAUGACAUGGACAUCCGUCAGUUUGUCCAUAUUAAAAAAAUCGCAGGUGGAAAGAAGUUUGAUUCUGUGGUUGUCAAUGGAUUUGUUUGUACCAAAAAUAUUGCACAUAAAAAGAUGAAUUCUUGUAUUAAAAAUCCCAAAAUUCUUCUGUUGAAAUGUUCCAUCGAGUAUCUCUACAGAGAAGAAACUAAAUUUACUUGCAUUGAUCCUAUUGUGCUUCAGGAAAGGGAAUUCUUGAAGAAUUAUGUUCAGCGGAUAGUUGAUGUUCGACCCACAUUGGUUCUAGUUGAGAAAACAGUGUCUCGGAUUGCCCAAGACAUGUUGCUGGAACAUGGCAUUACUUUGGUCAUUAAUGUAAAAUCACAAGUUUUAGAACGAAUCAGUCGGAUGACCCAAGGUGAUUUAGUAAUGUCGAUGGACCAGCUGCUUACAAAACCCCACCUGGGCACCUGUCACAAAUUUUAUAUGCAGAUAUUUCAGUUGCCUAAUGAGCAAACCAAAACACUGAUGUUUUUUGAAGGCUGUCCACAGCACCUGGGCUGUACAAUCAAGCUUAGAGGAGGCUCUGAUUAUGAGCUGGCCCGGGUUAAGGAGAUCCUAAUAUUUAUGAUCUGUGUGGCUUAUCAUUCUCAACUGGAAAUCUCCUUCCUCAUGGAUGAAUUUGCUAUGCCUCCUAUGUUAACACAAAACCCUUCCUUCCAUUCUCUGAUUGAGGGGCGGGAGGACGAAGGCACCAUACAAGAGUCAUUCAGCGGAAGCCCCCUCCCCCGGGAGCCUGACUUUCCUCCAGAAUUUCUGCCCUCCGACGAGAGCAGUUUACUGGAAUCAAGAAUUGUGUUUGAGAAGGGUGACCAGGAAAAUAAAAGCAUUCCACAGGAUGUUGCGUCUUUGAAGCAUCAGGAGUGUGCCACCACAGCUUGCCCGGCAGGGAUCCCCUGUGCUUUCUUUCCGUCAGUCCCGGAAUCGCUGCUGCCUCUCCACGUGGACGACCAGCAGGAUGACAGGGGCACUGAGCAGCCAGAGGCUCUGCAGCACACGGAUGAGCUACGGGACCCCAAAAGCCAGAUGAGAGCCUUCAGAGACCCUUUACAGGAUGACACUGGAUUGUAUGUUACUGAGGAGGUUACCUCUUCUGAAGAUAAACGAAAGACUUAUUCUUUGGCCUUUAAACAGGAAUUGAAAGAUGUAAUCCUCUGUAUCUCCCCAGUAAUCACGUUCCGGGAGCCUUUCCUUUUAACUGAAAAAGGGAUGAGGUGCUCCACCCGAGAUUAUUUCGCAGAGCAGGUUUACUGGUCUCCUCUCCUCGAUAAAGAGUUCAAAGAAAUGGAAAACAGGCGGAAGAAGCAGCUGCUUAGGGAUUUCUCUGGUCUUCAAGGCAUGAACGGAAGUGUUCAGGCCAAGUCUAUUCAAGUGCUGCCCUCGCAUGAGCUCGUGAGCACCAGAAUUGCUGAGCAUCUCGGGGAUAGCCAGAGCCUGGGUAGAAUGCUGGCUGAUUAUCGGGCCAGAGGAGGAAGAAUUCAGCAGAGAAAUGCAGACCCUUUUGCUCAUUCAAAGGAGGUACCUGGUACUUCCAGUGGCAGAUCAGGAAGCAGAACUGAUGGUGACGAGGAGAAAGGGUUGAUUCCAAGUGACGCAGUGUGGUCGACAAAGGUGGACUGUCUGAACCCUGUGAACCACCAGAGACUGUGUGUGCUCUUCAGCAGCUCCUCUGCCCAGUCCAGCAACGCCCCCAGCGCCUGCGUCAGCCCUUGGAUUGUAACAAUGGAAUUUUAUGGAAAGAAUGAUCUUACAUUAGGAAUCUUUUUAGAGAGGUACUGUUUCAGGCCUUCUUAUCAGUGUCCUAGCAUGUUCUGUGAUACCCCCAUGGUGCAUCAUAUUCGGCGCUUCGUCCAUGGCCAAGGCUGUGUGCAGAUAAUCCUGAAGGAGUUGGAUUCUCCAGUACCUGGAUAUCAACAUACAAUUCUUACCUAUUCCUGGUGCAGAAUCUGCAAACAGGUAACACCAGUUGUUGCUCUUUCCAACGAGUCCUGGUCCAUGUCAUUUGCAAAAUACCUUGAACUUAGGUUUUAUGGGCUCCAGUACACGCGCAGAGCCAAUGCUGAACCAUGUGGUCACUCCAUCCACCAUGAUUAUCACCAGUAUUUCUCCUAUAAUCAGAUGGUGGCAUCUUUCAGUUAUUCGCCCAUUCGCCUUCUUGAAGUAUGUGUUCCACUCCCCAAGAUAUUCAUUAAACGUCAGGCCCCAUUAAAAGUGUCCCUUCUUCAGGAUCUGAAGGACUUCUUUCAGAAGUAAGUUUUAAUUUCUUUGAUGGUCUUUUUUAAAAGAUUUUUUAAAAAUCUUAAAUAUUUUAAAAUGCAGGAUUGUUUCUGUCCCGUGUAGAUGGAGGAAGGCGAGUUCAAGACCUGGGUGGAGAAGAUGCAAGCCAGGCUCAUGUCCUCCUCUGCGGACGCCCCUCAGCAGCUGCAGUCCAUCUUCGAGUCCCUCAUCGCCAAGAAGCAGAGCCUCUGCGAGGUGCUGCAGGCCUGGAACAACAGAUUGCAGGACCUUUUCCAGCAGGAAAAGGGUAGAAAGCGACCUUCAGUUCCUCCAAGUCCUGGAAGACUGAGACAGGGGGAAGAGAGCAAGAUAAGUGCAAUGGAUGCAGCUCCACGAAAUAUUUCUCCAGGACUUCAAAAUGGAGAAAAAGAGGACCGCUUCCUGACCACGCUGUCCAGCCAGAGCCCCGCGGGCUCCGCGCACCUGCAGCUGCCCACCCCACCGGAGGCCCUGCCUGAGCAGCUGGUGGGGGCGCCCCCCGAGCUCGAUACAGCCAGCAGUUCCGAAGAUGUGUUUGAUGGACAUUUGCUGGGAUCCACAGACAGCCAGGUGAAGGAAAAAUCAACCAUGAAGGCCAUCUUUGCAAAUUUGCUUCCAGGAAAUAGCUAUAACCCUAUUCCAUUUCCUUUUGAUCCAGAUAAGCACUACUUAAUGUACGAACACGAACGGGUGCCCAUUGCGGUUUGUGAGAAGGAGCCCAGCUCUAUCAUUGCUUUUGCUCUCAGUUGUAAAGAAUACCGAAAUGCCCUAGAGGAGUUGUCCAAAGCUACUCAGCGGAACAGUGCCGAAGAAGGGCUUCCAACAAAUAGUACUUUGGACAGCCGCCCAAAGAGCAGCAGCCCUAUUAGGUUACCUGAGGGGAGUGGCGGACAGACGAACCGCACAGCCGAAGCGGAGCCCCAGCCAACCAAAAAGACUUCUGGAAUGCUGUCCUUCUUCCGAGGAACAGCAGGGAAAAGCCCUGACCUCUCUUCUCAGAAGAGAGAGACCUUGCGUGGAGCAGACAGUGCUUACUACCAGGUUGGGCAGAUGGGCAAGGAGGGGGCGGAGAAUCAAGGCGCCGAGUCUCAAGAUGAGGUAGAUGGAGGAGAUAUGCAAAAAAAACAACUCAUAAAUCCUCACGUGGAGCUUCAGUUUUCUGACGCGAAUGCCAAGUUUUACUGUCGCCUCUACUACGCGGGGGAGUUUCACAAGAUGCGCGAGGUGAUCCUGGGCAGCAGUGAGGAGGACUUCAUUCGCUCUCUGUCCCACUCGUCACCUUGGCAGGCCCGUGGGGGCAAGUCGGGAGCCGCCUUCUAUGCCACGGAAGAUGACAGAUUCAUUUUGAAGCAGAUGCCUCGUCUGGAAGUCCAGUCUUUCCUCGACUUUGCACCGCACUACUUCAACUAUAUUACAAAUGCUGUUCAACAAAAGAGGCCCACUGCAUUGGCCAAAAUUCUUGGAGUUUACAGAAUUGGUUAUAAGAAUUCUCAGAACAAUACUGAGAAGAAGUUAGAUCUCCUCGUCAUGGAGAAUCUUUUCUAUGGGAGGAAGAUGGCCCAGGUUUUUGAUUUGAAGGGUUCACUUAGGAAUAGAAACGUAAAAACUGACACGGGGAAAGAGAGCUGUGACGUGGUCCUGCUGGAUGAAAACCUCUUGAAGAUGGUCCGGGACGACCCCCUGUAUAUCCGCUCUCACUCCAAAGCCGUGCUGAGGGCCUCGAUCCGCAGCGACUCCCACUUCCUCUCCAGCCACCUCAUCAUAGACUACUCCUUGCUGGUUGGACGAGAUGACACUAGCAAUGAGCUGGUAGUCGGAAUCAUAGACUAUAUUCGAACAUUUACAUGGGACAAAAAGCUUGAAAUGGUUGUGAAAUCCACAGGAAUUUUAGGGGGACAAGGUAAAAUGCCUACUGUGGUCUCUCCAGAGCUGUAUAGGACUAGAUUUUGUGAAGCAAUGGACAAGUAUUUCCUGAUGGUACCAGACCACUGGACAGGCUUAGGUCUGAACUGCUGAAAUGAACCAUGAAUGAGAAGGAGCCUGGAACAAAGGACCAAAAAUAAGCUACACGUUUGAUUUCUUCAUCAUUCACCACAGUAUGCCAAGGCCUUUCUGUUCUGUGGUUGUGUGAGCUCUGGGUAACUGAAGGGUUCGAACUCCAUGGAUUUGCACUUUGGUUUUGAUGCCUACCAAUUAGCCAUCCUUAGAGGCCGGGAGGUCGCAUGAACAUUUUUCCACUUAAGCGAGAAUAUAGACCCAUUUCAAAGGGCUAAAGACAAAUGUGUGGUCAGAGAUGAGCUAGGGUAAAAAAUGGGUUGUCAGACUUAGUAACAAUCCUGUUAAGAAAGUAAUGUCUCCUAGAUUGUGACUUUCCUGGCAUCAUGUUUGACACGUUCUUUACUUGGAAAGCAUUUGUAGAGCUGGUGACUUUGUUUUGUGUUUCUUAUGUAAUAGUGUAAAAUUAUGUAUUAGAAUUUCUGAAAUCUUUAAAAAAUUCCAAAUUAUAUUGUUAAUGGCUAGUCAAACAGAUUGACACAAUCUGUUCUUGUUUUAUUGAGAAAUUUGACCUAAAUUGAGAAUCCUGUUGUGUGUUCUUAUCUUGCUCUGGUUUUGAGUAUGCUUGAUGUAUUUUAGUUCUCUCUUCGCUACAGGAGACCAUAGCUAUUAACGCAAAGCCUUCUUUUGGAGCUUUUUAAAAAACUUGUUUAUAGCUUUUUUGCAGUUAAUAUGUUCAUCUACACUUACCUGCACCUGUUCAUCUUCUAGGUUUUCCUCCACUUUCAGGGAAACAGAAAAUGAGUCUAUAAUGACUAAAUUCCCAAAGGGAAAAUUACUAAGGAUUUUUUUAAAUGUAAAAAAUGAAUUAGACCUUAUCCAAGACACUUGUUUGUUUUUUGUAAAGGUGAAGUGUCUUUUUCUGUACAAAUAACAAUUUAAGUGGCAUCUACAAAACUAAGAAGUUUCUAGUGUGGACAUCCCUGUUUCUUGACUUUCUGUGCCAGUUUCUAGGCCAGUUCUGAUUAUUGAGAAAUGUUAAGAUAUUUAUAGUAAGGAACUUGUUGUUUAGUAGAGUUUUUGUUUGUUUAAAAAAUGAUCAGAUAGAGUACUAAACUGUCUUUGAGGAAAUAACAACGCCAAAUAUUUCCUUGUGACUUCUUUCCCUAAUAAGGAUACUUUGGAGAUUUAUAAAGUUUUAUAUAGAGUUCUAUUCCUUUCCGGCUUUCCUGUAAUAGCACAUUUCUGUUGUAACUUUCACAAAACAAGAAAAAGGAAUCUGGGUACAUUCCAUUUACAGAGACUUAAACGUAUGUGAAAUAGGAACAUUUUGGAAAGUUUGCUUCAGAGAAUGAAAGCAUUAGUUUGGUGUUUGGUGCUUAUUGGAAGCGCAGUUUGUUUUGAACUAGAAACAGUUGCCCAAGGACCUAGAACUGAUGAUAAGCACUUUAAAACAACAACCACCACCAUGGGUGUGCCUUCUGAAAACCUACAACACUGGUGGUUUUAGAUUUUGAGGAGGGAAGGACUGCCUCCUGCAGGAGAGACAGUGGAACCUCGUUAACUUCUUGUGAGUCCAGGAACAGUGGAUGGUGCGUCUCUUUCUGAAUGUACACACGGUUUUGUCUCUGUCCUUUUUUCCUGUCAGGAUACUUAGGAGUGUUUCUCUUGUCCAUUUCCUGUCCGUUUCAGUCACGACCCGCCAGAAGGUAUCUUCCCUCAGCUGUAAUCAGGUGGCUUCUCAGUUUUAGCCUCAACACUAUGUGUACCUCACUGGACUGACUACCUCCUGACAGGAAUGUGUCAUGUUGAUUUUGUUUGGCUUGCUCAUGACUUGUAGGAUUAUUUUGUAAAGCACUCUGCCUCUUAGAUAAUUUUGUGGCCAAAAAAAUUCCAGGAUAAUAUAAUUUUGAAGCAACAUUUGCUGCCUUGCAAGGGUGACCUGUCCUUUUAAAACUGUCUUAAUGAAAGGGAAAUUAGUUUGGCUGCUUUUUUGAGACCACUACCGUAGAUCUGUAAGGUGUCCCAGAUCACGUGCUCUUCAGUGGUAAGCACUGAAUGACUGCUCGCCUCUCUUGAAUUCCCUUUCAAGGCUUGGAGGAUAUUAAUGUUGAAAAGUGAAGACCGUGGAAGGAAUCCGAAUACUUUUCUUCCUUAGAAUAAAAUGUGACCCCUGAGAAUGACUGAUAAUAGCACAAGAUGUGAAUGUGUUGCAUUGUAUAAAAAUCUAAUUUGUAAACGUUAAGCUUGUUGAUGCCAUCAAAACUUUAUGGAACAAUAAAAAAAGAUUUCCUUUUUCUUAUCUACGCCUGAGAAAAAUGAGGGGAAUCCGCGAUUCCAAGCCCUUUUGUAGCCUGUUGAAUAAUUUACGUCUAUAGACCUUCAAGAUUUCCUACAAAUAUGCUGCUUCUAAUUUUUUCCUUGAUCCAGUUGUGAGUGGUUUUCUAGCUUUGGCUUCUAUGGGGUCUUGUAAAUAGGGUGGUAUUGGUUUUGGUGGCAUCAGUGUCUCCUUGGCAUUUGACCUGUUAGCGGUGGGCUUGUAUAAAACUGCCAAGGGAAAGUAACCUACCUGUAGAACGUGUGCGUAGCUAGCAGAGGGAAGCUCCUGUGAAUGAGCCUGGUAGGGGACCAGGCCAGGCCAUUCCCCAGUCCUCAAGUGUUAACAUACCGACUUACGCAGUAUUCAGACCAUCUAGUGCAAUGCCUUUUUGUUUUUGUAACAUGGGUGCAGUGUAUUAUAGAAAAAUAAAGAUUACAAUCAUGAGCAGUUUUAUUAAUGCUGCUGUGCUGUUUUGUAAAAAAUGUACAUUAUGUCUUUUGACAGGUUUAACUAGAGAAAUGACAUUGUAAAUCAUAAUAUCCUUUUAAUUUAAUAUGAAAAAUUCAAUUAACAAUAUUGAAAAUACUUAAUGUAUUAUAUUGUAUAUAUUUCUCUACUUUGGUUCUAGCUGUUUUAUAUGAUUGACAUGUUAUUUAAGAAAUAAAACUGCCUUGACCUUUUGGAGACUUAUACUGUAAAUAAAGACGACUUACAAUAAACUGAGAAUCAACUUCA